AUGCGAUCACCACAAACAAUCGGACACGAUGCAACAAACUUUUGGGUUUAUGAACCCGAUAGCGACACCAUUGAUCUCUGCCGCGGUACCAAGUCAAAUGACCCCAUCAGUCUCAAAACGACGAGGAACCAAAUUCGAAUAAACCCACAGAAGAGUGCACUCGUGGUAAUCGACAUGCAAAACUUCUUUUUGCAUCCGGCUGUACGACCGCGAGUUGGAAAUGGACCUACUGCGGCAGAAGAAGCCGCGCAGGCGCUGCUGAACACCGGGAUUCCAGCUGCUCGGGCUCAUGGCAUACGUGUCAUAUGGCUGUGUUGGGGUCUUACAGAACACGAUCUGAAUACCAUGCCACCAGGACUGAUGCGUACUUUCGGUACCUACGACACUAGUCCAUCUGGAGCGAAGCAGAAUGAAGGCGAGACUUCUCUACCAUCUGCACCGAACAUGAUUCGAAAGAAAAACCCCGCACUCUAUAAGGGACUCGGUACCGACCUCGGUGAUGUGGAGCUAGGAGAUGACAACACCGUGCAAGGAGGAAGAGUUCUUAUGCGUGACUCCUGGAAUGCUGCGCUCUAUGAUCAAUUUGACAAAGAAUACAAGGCAAAUCGGGAUUCGCGGGCCGAUAUCACACGGAAGAAGCCCGACGUCCUAAUUCAUAAGGACCGGAUGUCUGGGCUCUGGGGCUCAGGUUCAGAGCUGGAGAUUUUCUUGGAACAAGAAGGAAUCACCACGCUACUAUUUGCAGGGGUAAACACAGAUCAAUGUGUUGGUAGCACAUUGACCGAUGCUUAUAGCAAGGGAUACGACUGCAUCUUGCUGAGGGACGGAACAGCAACGGGUACGCCCUUUGGCGCAAGUGAGGUGUGGGAAUGCAAUGUCAGUAACUGUUGGGGAUUCGUGACAACUUGCGACGCUCUUGAGAAUGCAUCCACGUAA